AGUUAGCAGUAUUCAAAGUAAACAUGACAAAAAAAAGGCGUCUUUUAUUUUGAAGGUGAAGGAUUUUCCCUUCAGGUAGCGAAGAUCACAGGUUGCCAAAGCCAUGAGAUAUAAUGGAUGUAAAUAUAUAAAAAUGAGUAUUUUUUACAUCAAAGAUACUUAAAUAUUUUUGCCGCUACCAGCAUGCAUCUUCAACCCCUGUCCCUCCUCCUCCUCCUCCUGGUUGCCGGGGCAGCAGAGGUAUGCCUUGGCUUGACAACCACACUUCACGACUUCCGAGGCUGCGCAGUGCGAGAGUUCUCCUUUGUGGCCCAGAAGCCGGGCUGCAAGGGACUGCGCAUCAGCACAGAGGCUUGCUGGGGCCGCUGUCACACCUGGGAGAAACCUGUGCCGGAUCCCCCUUACAUCCAUCGACACCAUCGCGUGUGCACCUACAGCCGCAUCCGCCACAUGACCGCCCGCCUGCCGGGCUGCCUGCCCAACGUCUCCCCUCUCUACCACUAUCCCAUGGCUCUGCACUGCCACUGUGCCGGCUGCUCCACACAGGACACAGAGUGUGAGACCUUCUGAUGGGCGGGGACACUUCCAGCCAACAGUGGUGUCAACAGUUUUGCUGAUGUGAGAGGCCCUGAAUAAAAUGAUGAAAUCAAGGCAUUUGAGCAAGUGUGAUACUUGACAUGUGGUGACCUAGAAACGUGUACCCUGAAGAUAUGCGUGUAUUAUACAUCUACAUGUAAGAGAGGAGGUGUAACCGAAAAAGCAUUUUAUUUAAAGUGUCAAUACUUGAAAUCUGGAGGUGAAAAAAAUGUUUUAUAACUUCUCAAUGUCCUCUUUGUUGAAAUUGAUUUUAUACUCUCACGGCACAGUUUUAUAUAUUAACCUGUGUAAUUUGUCAUAUUUUGCCGCUUGGACAGAAACCUGGCGAAAGUCAUGCGAGAUGGAUGAGAUUAGUCAGA